AUACUUUUUUUUCUAUUUAUUUACAACAUUUACUUUCGUCGCCAUAUUGCGACGAGACGAUUAUCUGCUCUCCAGCUAUUUACGUCGCAUAUUGCGGCUUUUUUGUGAUACUUUUUUAUUUUUGUGCUCAGCCUUUACUUAUUUUAAUAAUAUAAAAUUAUUAAUUGAAUUUUUUUAAAGAAAACUCGGGAAUAUAUUUUACGCCAUUUAAUUCUUUUUUUUCGACUCACAAUUUCGUAAACUUUUAUUCAAAAUCUAAUAAGAUUAAUAAAUUUUAUACUGUUGUACCCUAAUUAUGGCUUUUUAAUAAUGUUUAUCAUGAAUCCGAAAAAUUGUCACAUUUCUCCAAAAGGAGUAUUUGCUCUUUUCUCAGAAAAAGUUAACACUGGAAUCAACCGUAGUGGGCGAUAUGGAUUGGGGCAACUCAAAAAAUUCUUCUAAAUCCUCUGUUUCUGACCCUAAAAACAAACAAGAUGUUGCCAACAAGCACAUUCGUUUGCCUAGAGUCAAAGAGAGCCACUCCCCACGCCCUGAUACCAGGAAGAAACAAAAUCCUCAAAGAAAUAGAGAGCUUUUUGACAAAAGGCCCAGAAAUAAAAAUGGAGCUAUGUAUGAAAAAUACAGGAGUGAGGUAACACAAGUUGUUAAUGAACCAUCUUACUCACAGGGUUGUAAGAAAGCAAAUUUAAACCAUCUGUUGAACUUUACUCUUGAUGCUUGGGAUGGUAGGCGUUCUGGUUCUGGAUAUAAUAAAAAUAAGGGUUCAAAGCAUCCGAAAUAUAAUAAGGAACUCUUCUUGCAAGCUAAUUGCCAAUUUGUUGCAAGGGAUAAUAGAGAUUAUUCUAUGUACCAAAAUAAUCCAGAUAAGCUUGUAGAGUGGUCAUUAAUUGAAGAAAUACGUUUAACAUGUCAUGAGAUGCCAUCUUGCCCAAUUUGUCUUCACAUACCAACUGCUGCGAAGAUAACUCGUUGUGGACAUGUUUAUUGCUGGCCCUGCAUUCUACAUUAUUUGGCUUUAACAGAUAAAUCUUGGCAAAAAUGUCCUAUUUGUUUUGAAGCAGUGCAUAAAACUGAUUUAAAAAGUGUUUCCAUAAAACUAUGCAAGUCCUAUUCUGUUGGAGAUGAAAUUAAAUUAUGCUUAAUGAAAAGAGAGAAAGGAUCACUGAUUUCUUUACCAGUUUCUAUUGAAAAUGCUCAUACAGCUAUAUUUACUGUAAAUGAUGGUGAUUGUGUUAUCCGUUUCCAGAAAUUACUUAUGGCUGGUCAGAAGGAAGUUUUUUCUAUUAUUGAAAGAGAGAACAGAGAAUUGAGAGCUGCUUAUGAAAUGGAAAAAGACACUCCUGAGGCUUGCUUUAUUGAAUCUGCCUUUACACUAAUUCAUGAAAGGGAGAUUGCUUUAAACCAGAAUGUGGAUCAACUUAAGGAGCUCAUUUCUAGAAGCAAUGGUAAUGUACCAGAGAGAAAACAUCUUAUUUCAACAAGUUCAACUGAGUCUUAUGAAGAAUUACAUGAAAUAAAUGGGAACUUAAAAUUUGGAAUGUCUCAACAACAUGGAAUAUGUGAUGCAAGUAUGAAUUCUAUUUCAGACUGUGAAAGAAAGGGGGUGACAUUUUUCUAUCAAGCUGAAGAUGGGCAACACAUUUAUAUGCACAACAUAAAUGUGAAGAUGUUGUUAAAAGAAUAUGGCUCCUUGGAAUUUGCUCCUGAGACAAUUACAGCUAAACUUGUUGAAAUUGAAAGAGUCACCAUGACUGAAGUUCUUCGUAAAAGGUUGAGAUAUCUUCAACAUUUGCCCUUAACCUGCGAAUUCAAUACUGCAGAAUUGGAUUUUUCUUCUGUUGUCUCAAAAGAGACUAUGUCUCAGUUUGAAGGUGAAGUCUUAAAAAGAAAGCACAUGAGAAUUAGAAAGGCCAGGGAUGAAAGGCGCAGAGAGAAAAUGAUUGAACGUGAAGAAAAUAAGAAACUUGGAAAAUAUCCCAAGGCAACUUACAAUCUUAGUAGUAUUGAUCAAUUUCCUGUUUACAAUCCAGAGGAUUAUUUGUCAAAUUCUCCACCAAAAGAAACUAUACAGAAAGCUGAUCUGUCUGGUGAAGAGGACAAUUCAAAUAUUAUAGAUGAAGAAUCAGCCUGUAGUUAUCCUGCUAUUCCUGAAAACCAACAUGUUCCUACCACUUCUUUUGCUCAGAUGUUGAAAGUUGGCCCGAAAAGUUUCUCUCAGUCAGCAAAAGAGGUGAAGCCGAGAGUGGUUACUCCAAUCCAGGAAUGUCGUUAUGUUAACACAGAUGAAGAAGAUGAUGAGGGAACACCUGCUCCCGAAUUUCACCAAUCAUUCAGUGAUGCCAUUCAGGCUGCUUUGAAUUCUGUUUCUUUACAAGAUCAUGCAGAUGUAAAAAGUGUCUCUAAGAAAAAGAAGAAAGGAAAGAAACAGCAACUUUUAUUCACAACCUCUAUGUGUCGUACUAAAUAAUUCAUUGCAACUUACAAAACCCUUAUUUUGUCAGAUGGUUCUCUUAUUUUUUGUUUUCGUUUUUCUGAAGUGAAGGAGGGGAAAAAAGAGUUUACUUACUCCUUGUGGACUUAUGAAACAAUUGCAGCAAUACAUCUGUGAUUUUAUAUCUUUGUUUAUUAAUGUACAUUCAUUGUUAGCUGAAUUCAAAUUAAAGUUGCAAGUAUAAA